AUGGCAACGACACUGAGGCGAGGGCAGAAUCCAGGGGGAUUGGGAGAUCGAUCAGGGGCCGAUAGACCCGGCUACGGCGGGCACAUCCCGGGUAAGUACAGUGAUAACGUUUUCGGCCAAGUAUUUGGUGACGCCAAUAGAGUGGCACAAGCUAUCAAGCUUCAACAGGCUAUCGAUAGAGACGAGGCACAUCAGAGGCAAAUGGAUUUGGAUCUUUUCAGAUCGUGA